CCUCCAAGACGAGAGAUGUGUGAGGAUGUGGUACCUGGUUGUCCUUUCAGUCCUUUCAGGCUUUUCUUUGUUGCACUGUUUGUUGGUCUGUUGCUCUGGCUCAAAAAGAAAGGUCAAGGUGGUGAUGGCCCUUCUGCAGCUGAACGUGAAAGUGAGACGUCUUCAGGUUUUGAUUCAGGAAAAGAUGCUGCCAGCUCCAGCUCCAGCUCCAGCUCCAGGACCAUGGCACAACAGGCUCCCACUGACCCCACCAAGAUGGGUGAGGGUCGCGCAAUUGCCGUCCUGACCUCUGGAGGUGAUGCACAGGGUAUGAAUGCAGCGGUGAGGGCCACAGUUCGAGUGGGGAUGUACACUGGAGCCAAGGUGUAUUUUGUCCAUGAGGGUUACCAGGGUCUGGUGGAUGGGGGUGACCAUAUCCGUCUUGCUACUUGGGAGAGUGUGUCAAUGAUGCUGCAGCUGGGUGGAACUGUGAUUGGUAGUGCCCGCUGUCAGGACUUCCGCACCAAGGAGGGCCGCACCAAGGCUGCAUGCAACUUGGUCAAGCUUGGUAUCACCAAUCUCUGCGUUAUUGGAGGUGAUGGCAGUCUGACAGGUGCCAACCAGUUCAGAACAGAGUGGAAAGACCUGUUGGCAGACCUGGUUAAAGCUGGAAAAAUCACAGCAAAUGAGGCCAAGAGUUCUUCCCACCUCAACAUUGUUGGCAUGGUGGGCUCCAUCGAUAAUGACUUCUGUGGAACUGACAUGACCAUCGGCACUGACUCUGCCCUGCAUCGCAUCAUAGAAAUAGUGGAUGCCAUCACUACCACAGCGCAGAGUCAUCAGAGGACCUUCAUCCUGGAAGUAAUGGGCAGACACUGUGGUUACCUUGCCUUGGUGACAGCUCUGGCCUGUGGCGCUGACUGGGUGUUCAUCCCAGAGAUGCCCCCAGAAGAAGGAUGGGAGGAGCAUCUGUGCAGAAGAUUGACUGAUCAAAGAGAACGUGGCUCCCGUUUAAAUAUCAUCAUUGUUGCAGAGGGAGCAAUGGAUCGCAGCGGUAAACCAAUCUCCUGUGAUCAUAUCAAACAGCUGGUGUCCAAGAAGCUUGGCUUUGACACUCGCACCACCGUCCUGGGUCAUGUACAGAGAGGAGGUACCCCCUCCGCUUUUGACAGAAUCCUGGCAAGCAGAAUGGGUGUGGAGGCUGUUAUGGCUCUUCUGGAGGCCACACCUGAAACCCCAGCCUGUGUAGUCAGCUUGUCUGGAAACAUGGCCGUCAGGCUGCCUCUCAUGGAGUGCGUGCAAGUGACUAAAGAUGUCACAACAGCCAUGGCUGAAGGAAGGUUUGAUGAUGCAGUGAAACUCAGGGGAAAGAGCUUUGAGAACAACUGGAGCAGUUAUAGAAUGCUGGCUCACGUGCACCCUCCAGAAACAAAGAGUAACAUCAACAUUGCCAUAUUGAACGUGGGUGCUCCGUGUGCAGGAAUGAACGCUGCAGUACGUGCAGCUGUCAGGAUUGGCCUCCUCCAGGGCCACAAGAUGUUGGCAGUGCACGAUGGCUUUGACGGCUUGGCUAAUGGAAUGAUUGAACCUAUUGGUUGGUCUGGAGUGGCAGGAUGGACUGGAAAGGGAGGCUCAAUGCUUGGCACAAAAAGAACACUGCCACGCGAGUUAAUGGAAGAGAUCAGUCUGUCCAUCACUAAGUUCAACAUCCAUGGUAUUGUCAUUAUCGGAGGCUUUGAGGCAUUCCUGGGAGGUCUGGAGAUGGUGCAAGCUAGACAAAAGUACGAGGAACUGUGUAUUCCACUUGUUGUUGUUCCUGCUACUGUGUCAAACAAUGUUCCAGGAUCUGACUUCAGUAUUGGUGCUGACACUGCCCUCAACACCAUAACCAUGACAUGUGACAGGAUCAAGCAAUCUGCUGCCGGCACCAAGAGAAGAGUGUUCAUCAUUGAGACUAUGGGAGGAUACUGUGGCUACCUGGCAACCAUGGCUGGGUUAGCAUCUGGAGCUGAUGCUGCCUACAUUUAUGAAGAGCCCUUCAACAUUCAUGAUCUUGAGCUGAAUGUAGAACAUCUUCUGGAGAAGAUGAAGACCACAGUGAAGAGAGGACUGAUUCUGAGAAAUGAGAAAUGUAAUUCAAACUACACCACUGACUUCAUCUUCAACCUGUACUCAGAGGAGGGCAAGGGUGUGUUUGACUGCAGGAAGAAUGUACUUGGUCAUAUGCAGCAGGGUGGAACACCCACUCCUUUUGACAGGAACUUUGGCACAAAGAUGGGGAUGAAGUCUGUCCUUUGGAUAACUGACAAGCUGAAGGAAUGCUAUAGACAUGGUCGCAUCUUUGCCAAUUCUCAAGAUUCAGCCUGUGUGCUGGGAAUGAGGAAAAGAGCAUUGGUUUUUCAGCCUCUGGCUGAACUCAAAGAAGAGACUGACGUUGAACAUCGUAUUCCAAAGACCCAGUGGUGGCUCAGGCUGAGGCCCAUCUUGAAAAUCCUGGCUAAGUACAAGAUCAACCUGGACACCUCUGAGAAGGCUACGAUGGAACAUGUCAUCAAGAAGAAAGGCUUGGUUACUCAGUAGCCUUUCUAUGUCAUUACUCAGGACCGGACAUGAGCUUCUUGUCUUCAAUAAAAGCACUUUUUAAAACUAUGUUUAAAGGAGAAUACAAUAUUAAUAAAGAAACUUAUAAUGAAAAAAGAACAGUGUUACAAUAAACCUCACAAAUCACUUAAGUGGUC